UCGCGCGCGUGGUCUGGCCCGUGCGGGAAGAGAGAGUGAGGCGGCGGCGGCGGCGGCGGCCAGGGUCUGUCAUUGGCGGUGAGGAUGCGGAGGCCGCGAGCAUGGAGCCCCUGAAAGUGAAGGACCGGAUCCUGGAGAACAUUUCGCUGUCAGUGAAGCAGAUUCAGGGUUACUUUGCUGCCUGUGAGGAGGAGACACCAGCAAUUCGAAACCAUGACAAGGUACUGCAGAGGUUGUGUGAGCAUCUGGACCAUGCUUUGCUUUAUGGUUUGCAGGAUAUUUCCUCUGGGUACUGGGUAUUGGUCGUACAUUUUACACGCAGUGAAGCGGUGAAGCAGAUUGACGUGCUGCAACAUGUUGCCACUAACCUUGGUCGCAGUCGAGCCUGGCUGUACCUUGCAUUAAACGAGAAUUCCCUGGAGAGCUACCUGAGGUUAUUUUGGGAAAAUCAGAACCUGCUUCAUAAGUACUACUUCAAGAAUGCCCUGGUCUGCAGUCAUGAUCACCUGACCCUCUUCCUCACACUGGUGUCUGGCCUGGAAUUCAUUCGAUUUGAGUUGGAGCUGGAUGUUCCCUACCUGGACCUGGCUCCAUAUAUGCCAGAAUAUUACAAGCCACAGCAUUUGCUGGACUUUGAAGAGCGCCUGCCCAACUCUGUGCAUGGUUCCGAUAGCCUCUCGCUAAAUUCAUUCAACUCUGUCACCUCCACUAACCUGGAAUGGGAUGAUAGUGCCAUUGCACCCUCCAGUGAGGUGCAUUGGAGGGACAGCAAUCUGACAAGGCCUCUCAUAGAUUAUGAUUUUGGAGAUGUCUUUCCCGCAGCACAGUCCAUACCCAGCACAGACUGGGAAGAGGGUGAAUUGACAGACACGGUCAGCAGCUGCCCUCGAUCUGGAACCUCGGAGAGUCUGCCAUCAAACAACAAGCCCAACACAAGGAGUCCAACCCUGCGGUACAACCCCUUCAAUAAUGAGAAAGACGAAUCUCCACAAACACCAAAUGACACUGCGGUGCCACAUACUGAGCCUGAGAGAGAGGAGAGCACACCAGAUCUCCAGGAGAGCAGCACAGAGCUUGAAGUAAUUAGGUUGGCAAAGAAGAGGAGAACACCCAAAAAGAAGAGAGCAAAAUCUGAGGAACAAAUUCUUGAUGCUAAAAAUGCAGAUGUACAGCUGUCAAUGGGAGAAGGUGCAAAGUCCAAACAGGGCAGUGAUGCUGAAGCACAAGAAGAGCAGAGUGAUGAAAUGGGUUUACAAAAAUCCCAAGGGACUACUGCUGGUGAGGAGGACUGCAACUCCCAGGACAAAAUGUUACAGGUGGCACGUAGAGAGUCUGAUGCAGAUGCGCCCCAGCCAGGUCUGCUAAUACCCCAGAUGAAGGAUACAUCUAUGAACAGUGUAGGAAAUCCUUUGAGCAAGGUAAUGGAGCAGCUCAAUGGAACACUGGAUGCCAACAUUUGGACGUCAGAUGGUGAUCAUCCUGAGCAGCCCUUUCGGACUUCUGUCCCGGGGGAAGCCCCGGAUGAACCUCCGUAUAGCCAGUAUAGUGAGCGGAUGCCACCUGCCGUGGAUUUCUACAGGUUUGCCCUCGAGAGUCCAGGUGCUAGUGCAACAGGUAGCUGCAACUAUGACCUUGCAGGGGAUGGCCAACCAGCGCAUGUUUUUAGUGGCCAUGAAGCUGCUGGCACAGAAACGUGCAAAGGAGAAAAAAUCCCUGGUGCUGUAGAGGAACCAGGGACCACAGAGGAAGCUCCAGUCUCUGAGUGCCACAGAACAGAAAAUGCAGAGACUGUUCUAGAACAAGAUAAACGGACUGAUGUUGAAACUGGCACAGUAUCAGAGACCAGCUUGGAACAAUUAGAAAUUCAGACCUUGACCUCUGAGGGUACAGAGGAGGAAGAAAAAGAUCAAAGUAGUCCUUCAGAACUAACCCAUCCUGCUGACUUCAGGGUUGACAAUAAUCUGCUGCUUCUGCUGAUGAUUCACGUUUUCAAGGAGAAUGAAGAACAACUCUACAAGAUGAUGCGGAUGUGGACAGGUCACAUGGAGGGGAAUCUGCAGUUGCUCUAUGUCCUAUUGACUGACUGUUACAUCUACUUGUUGAGAAAAGGAGCUGCAGACAAGCCCUAUGCAAUAGAAGAAGCAGUGUCCUACAAUGAACUCGAUUACAUUUCGGUGGGGCUUGGUCAGCAGACCAUUCAGCUUGUCUGCACCAAUCGGCGGAGGCAGUUCCUGCUUGAUACAGCAGACGAAUCUCUUACAGAGUUUUUCCUAACUGCUUUGAGAUCUGCCAUGAUUAAGGGCUGCAGAGAGCCUCCGUACCCCAGCAUCCUUACUGAUGCAACCAUGCAGAAACUGGCACUAACGAAAUUUGUGGCCCAAGAGUCAAGAUGUGAGGUGUCUGAAGUCACCAUCCACCUCUACAGUUUGAUUCACUGGGAGGAUCCCAUGGAUGUAACGGCAGGACCCCAGAGGAACCUCUACAUGGCACAUGGAAAUACAGUUACAAAAGAAGGAAUUCUGCAUUACAAGGCUGGCACUAGCUAUUUGGGCUCACCAAUCUGGAAGGCCUCCUAUGUAGUCCUCAGCAACGGGAUCCUCUAUCAGUACCCCGACAGGAUAGAUGUGACACCGCUUAUGUCAGUAAACUUGGCUGGAGAGCAAUGUGGAGGCUGUCGAAGGUCCAGCACAAUUGAGCGACCCCACACGUUCCAGGUGAUUCUGACAGAGCGUCUGGCUUUGGAACUAAGUGCUGAGAAUGAGGAGGAAAUGGCAGACUGGAUGCAGCACCUCUGCCAGGCGGUGUCAAAAGGGAUCAUUCCCCAGGGUGUUGCACCCUCUCCAUGCAUCCCAUGCUGCCUUGUUGUGACUGAUAGGAUGGUGUUGACAUGUCAUGAGGACUCUCAGACCAGCUUCUUCCGAUUAUUGGGUAGCACUGAGCUAGCUAAUGUCAUCAGUGUCUCCAUCGGCCCCAGCAGAGAGUACUGCCUGAUGGAGCUGUCUGAUGAUCAGAAGUCUCCUCCCUGGUUCAUGUAUUUCAGUUGUGCUGAGGAACUACAGCGUUUUCUUGCUGCAUUGAAUGGUGCUUGGAGGAAGAUCUACCAGGUGGAUCUACCUUUAAAACAGCUUCAGGAUCCUUCCAUUCAGAAGAAAUGCAAUGAUGCAGUCCUGCUUAUUCGGACCACAUGGCAGCGAAGCGACAGUCUAUCCCGAGGACGUGCCGAGCGUGAUCCAUGGUGUUGAACGCCUUGGAACCCUAGCCAUGUGGUGCAAGAAUGCUGCAGGCAUCACUCGCUCACUUCCUGUGUUUCUGGAUAUUGUGUGACUGAAUGCACAGUGUCACUGGAGGUGUAGGAGUGUAAAGGAAAUGGUACCAAUCCAAAUAUACAAACCCACAAGUCUUUGGAAAUGCUUCAACAAUGUCAGUUAUUGGAAAGGGAAUGAGAGAGCAGAAUAAAUCUUGAAUGAAAACCUGCCUAUUGAGCUGGGUAGCAGAUGUGCUUCCACUCUUCAAAUUGUGAAAUAUCUGCAUUCUCAACAAAUCUCUCUGGCUUCACUAAGACUUAUUUAAUGAAUAUUCCAUCUCUGAAAGCUUGUGGUCCAAUUGCAUGAGUGUCUUCUGCAAUAAGAGUUUUUAUAAAAAAUCAAAUUGCUUUCUUCUUGAGCAAAGUGCAAGGACCAGUGAACAAAGACGGGGGAGCCUGAGAAACACUUGUCUCCAAAUCACUGCCUUUUGUUGCUGGGUGACCCACCUGAAUUCUAAUAUGGAGCAAAGUGACCUUUUCAAUGUCAAUCCCAGGCUCUGAACACCCACCUUAGGCUUCUGUUGUUACAUCUGUAUCUGAAACUUUUGGGGAACGAUUUUUUCAUCCUUGAGUCCCCCAUGUUAGUGACUGAAAAGACUGGGUAUCAUCAUCUGAUAUAUAAUCAUCUGCAUCAGGCCUUUCUAAAGCUUUAGCAAGUCAUUUUUAUAGACAGAAUGCUUUUAUUAAUAGUUAUACUAUUUAGGUCUGACUGCACAACAGUCACUUUUCAAUUACAUCCCUUAAUGUUUAAUCUGUAAAUAAGUUCACCCCUGAGGUUAGUGUCUGUAAUGGCUCAGUUUGUGACCUCCUUGCUGGUAAAUGGCGAAUCUUGCACAAUACUCUAGAUCUAUCCAACCUGGUGAAGCAACCACUGCAUCCUCUCCUUUAAUUCUACAGUGUCAUAGAUGCUGUUUAAAUGAAAGUCUGCAAUGACACAUUGGAAUGGCUAACAUCGACAUUGGACUGAAAUCCUUUUUAUUUCUCAGUCAAUUGAACGUUGAACAGAGUUGGAUUUUCCAACUAUAUAUCUGAAAAACCGUAUGUAAGGAAUGUCAGGAAGGAAAGAAUUGUCGAUCUGUAACUCGAGGUAGAUGCUGCAGUUUGUUAGUCCGGUCACAAAUUCAGAGUUUUCUCCAGCAUUAUCUUGUGCAUUUUCUUCAACAGUUCAGUGGGCUGAAGUGGCAAUUCCAACCUGGAAGAAGCUCCAUUGCUGAGAAUGUAGUGGUGUAAUAGUGUGCAAAUGACAACAGCCUGCACUACUGCUUACAAGAACUUUUGCAGAACGGUAACUUCUACAGCAAUAUGUCUGGAAGCCUCAUAGACAAAGGCACCAACUGUUGUGCCACUAACCCAUACAGGCCAAAAGGCCCAGGCCGUAGCAAAUCUGUGCUGUUUUCAGCCAGUUAUUAUCUAUGUGUUAUAACCAUAUAAAGCUCAUUCUUUUGCUGCCACUAGGUCUGUGAAUACACUACUGCACAACAUCAUAUUCAUUGUGCUCCUCUACCCACUCACCCCACACCCAACCUAAUGAUGGUAUGUCAAUGUUACAUUAAAUUUUUAUAGUCUACCUCUCUUCAUCAGCUCAACUGAGUAUUCCUAGUUCCUGUGAACGGAGCAGCAAAUGUGGACACUGUCUUCAUUUUACACCUCGCAAUUUGCAGUUCCUGAAUUCUGGAGAAAUGUAGUAAUGUGCAGUCUGUCAGAGAAAUUUGUGGUUUGGGCAGUUAAUACUUUUGCAGUUUAAUGGAAACUCAUCUCUGUUUGUUUAGUAUGCUAAUCAUGUACAGUCUUCUACCUGAGUUGUAAACCUGCUCUGUAAUUUUAUGUUUUGCUCCCCUGGUGAUGAAAAUUGAUAAACACUAAACUCAUAAGAUGAAUCACUUGAGGAGCUACUGAUGCCUAUAUAACCAUAACCACCCAGGGCUGAUGCCCAUGGAACCAGCAUCUUUGGAAUCUAUAAAGCAGCAAUAUUGAGUGCCCUUGGAAAUCUGUAUCCCAGCAAAGCUUGUGUAUCUUAAUAUAAGUACCUUGAGGAUAGGAAGAUGGGGAAAAACAUACUUUUCUUUAAUGUUAUUAAUUCCUCUCACCGAACUCUAUCUGACCUUCUCAUUCCCCAGUGUUUAAAUAAAGCAUUAGUGGCAACCCUUCCGAAGAUAAUUUAAUAAUUACCUUACAAUAAUUUUUGCAGAACUGCUCAAGCCCUGUUGGUGUAUUGAAAGGUCACCUGAUUAAACUUUUUGAUCAGCCAAGGUCAAACCGCGGAGCCAGUGAUCCCAUUGUUUUCUGCACAUUAAUGGACAGAAAGAGUUGCAGUCAAUAGUGGGAGGGGGUGGUGCGAUGGGGGAGCAUAAUGCAAAGAGAAUGUUCAUCAUAGCAGAAACCCUUAGUACAUAAUGCUAGUUAUUUAAUAUACAUAAUCACAGCUAUUUAAAAUGCAAGCACUUCAGCCAAUAUGCAUGAACAUGUAGAUCAUCAGGAUAGAAUGAUAGUGAGAAAUGUUCUGGAUUGUAUGAUGGAGGGACUUUUUUUUUAGGUGGACAAUUAGACUAGUUUGAAUAGCCUUCCUCAAUACCUAUUUGUUUCUGUGUGAAGUCUUCAUCCUAUCAUUGUACAGCUCAAAGUGCUUUCUGAAGCUCUGCAAAGGCAGAAUGUAGAAUUGUACUGCUGCAUGGUGUGCACCAUUCACAGCACAAACCACAACACCCACCUUAACACUUCAGCUGGAUUUGAUCAUGGUCAAAGGAGACAGCUGAUAGGGCAUAGCUUUGUUCCUCAUGUACUAGAUGGACAGGCUUUUGAACUGUGAAGUGUAUGUCACAAGGUGGCCUUUUCCUGUAUGAUGUUAUUUUACAUUUUUAAAGGCAAAAUAGUCUCAUCCUAAACAGAGCAGCUAAUCCCCAAAUAUCACAGAGCUACAGCAAAUGAGUGAUGAGACCAACAAACCUAAAUAAUAAAGACAUUAAAACUAUAGGAUUGAUAAUUGUUCCACAGACUGUCAUUAUAACUUUGAAUGCGCCAAUAUUGGAAGUAUGGAUGGACUGAGUGAACACUGGACUGUAAAUUUUCCAGAAGACUACAGGUGCGGACAUAUUACGACAUUCUUGAGUGCCUGAUGUGCGUAACAAAUCUGUGCGUCACUUAAGCAGUUUGUAAAAAUUAAACCCUAUUUGCUACCCUGUUUUAAGGAGCUAUGGAUUGCACCAUCUGUUUGUAAACUCCUAAUGUGACACUGCAGCAACUGUAAAUGCUACAUCUAACAUCAGUAGCAAAAAUAUUCACUCUAAACUCCUUCAGUUGAUGCAUUUCACAAACAAAUGGGACCUUUUGUGCUUUCAGUUCGUUUCAAACUUAUAGUGAAGGGCAUUGAUCAGAAAUGGAAUGCAGUAUUAAAGCAGGGUGCAUCAGUACUGCUGUACAGAAUUUGUAAUAAUUUUAGCAAACCCUAGCUUCUCAAUGUUUUUAGGUUUUAUUAUAACAAGACUCCCUUGGCAGACUGACUGAUGUGAGCUUUGACAUCCCGAAUGUAAAAUUUAUUUUUUAGAUUUUGCUUUUAUUCUGGCUGUAAGAUAUUGGGUAUCUUCACUUAUCCCACCCCGUGGCUCAGCAAGUUUAACUAUGGAGUAGCUGAGCCACACAGAUCAGAUAGGUCCCAGGUUCGAUCCUUGCUCGAAUGUCUGGAAUCUACUGAGCAGUAGGAGUGCUAGAGGUUGCUUCUGUGUCAUAGAAUUAGGGAAAAAUCCGCUGAGAUUUCUACUCCUGUCUAGUGCUGGAAAACAGCAUGUGUGGAUUUUUGAGGACAGAGUCUGGCUUGGCUAUAGUCUAGUAAUAUUAGUGCUCACUGUCAUGUCUACAAGGGGCAAUUGGUGUGCUGAUGCAGUUAGACCAGAAAUGAGCCCAUAGAGUCAUACCCAGUCAGAGAUCAAUGCUAGCCCUCAUUGACUUGUUGUUGCUAGAUACAGUUCUAUGCUGGAACUCAUGGAAAUAUACUGAACAAAUCUCUGCAGCAUUCAUGCACUCUACCCAGCUGACUGCAUGCUGGCAUCCUUGGAAUUGUGCAACAACCUUCAUCAAGGUUGACUCAUGGUGGCAUUCUGUCUUCAGAGUUAGGUUGUGAGUUUAAGCCUUACCCCAGAGCUUGAGAACAUGAUCUUACUCUGAUAUCCCAGUGAGUACAGAGGAGUGCUGCAUUUAUGGCUGCUGUCUUUCAGAUGCGAUGUCAUUACCCCACAUCCCUGGUCAGCUGGGUGACACUUUUCAAAGGAAAACAAGAGUGUUUUCUGUGUCCUGAGCAAUGCUUAUUCUUAACCAUCAAAACCAAUUUAACUGGCGAUAUACCCCAUUGCUGUUUGUGGGACCAUGCUGUGUGCAAAUUGGCUGCUGCUUCUGCCUACAUAACAGCAGUGACUACGAUUCAAAAAGUACUUAAUUGGCCAUGAAACACUUCAGGACAUCCUAAAUUUAAGGACAUAAAUGCAAGUAUUUCCCUUUAUCUUUUAGGCAGGGAGGUGAACGAUUGGAAAGUAAAGAUGGAAGAGGGAAUUAAACAAAUGGUUGUAAUGUGAAGAUUCCUGGAUAUAAACAUGUACAAUCAGGAUGCUAGUAUUCUACUACGCUCAUUACUCAUAUAUUGGGACACCACAUACCCCAUAAUAAAGUCUACAAUUAUCUUACAAAGGUUGUAUAAAAAAUGUUAGUGAUUUAGGAUCCAAUGUGUGCUGAGUUCAUCAGGUCUGGUGUUGCUUUGCAUUCCAAUAGGGCUGCAGUCUGGUUAGGAUAUUUGUGGGCAAGGCUGAUAGUGUGGCAGGGUUGAGAUCUUCUACAGUGGGGCUGGGGCAGAUGGGCAUGAAGGGUGCAGUUUGUACUUUACAAACCAACGUAGAAAUGUUCUACAACCAACUACCACAUGUGCAAUGUACAGUGUUUAAGAAUUUGUAGUGUCUUUUGUUUUACAACACUGAUCAUCAUCUAAGAAAUUUAUGUAAUGCAAGGUGGCCGAGUCCUCCACUUGGAGCCUUAAUACUUUGGAGUAUCCAUAUGCAACUUUGGUUGUAAUUUGUGGUGUGUAUAUGAUGGACACUUGGUCCAUUUGUUACUGAACGCACUCAUUGAGUGAAAUGUGCAAUUCAAUCGUCUCUUGAUCUUUUUAAUGAGAUUUAAUUUUAUUUGCAUUGUAGGUUUUCUUGUAACUCCGAUCUGGAGGACAGAGAUUAACCAAUUCUAGAAAUAGAAAAUGCCACAGUGUAACUAGUGUGGACUAAGCAGUUCUAUUAAGCAAGUUGAAUUAUCUGCAUUAGAGUAAGGUUUUCCAAAAGCAUGCAAAGAUGGUUAGCUAGUAAUUUUUAAAUAUUUCCAAGUGCUUUGUUAAAAAAAAUGGAAUUGGUUUCCUGAUGUAUGAAGUGCUGUUGUCAUGUUCUACCAUUUUUAGUUGUGAUCACAUCGUGUUAUUAAUUACUGUGAUCCAUCAGAAGGAUAAUUGCCAUUAUCCAUGGUGAUCCCAGCUCUGCAGCAAGAUCCAUGGCUAAUCGGUUCAUUUGAGGAUUUUUUUACUCUCUGGCUUAGAUCAGGGGCUGUUUACAAUCUUGCAGAGUUGGAUCUAGGCUGGCCUCGUAUUUCUGUUUCUUAAAAAAAAAAUUUGCUGUCGCCCUUAGCAUAUUAUCCAGUUGUUGUGUGGCUUGAGAUGUGCUGAAGUUAAACUUUUACACCACCUGGUAAUGGAUCCCUCCGAAUGCAAGUUAAAGAAAGGUACAUUGCAAAAUUUCAGACAGUUGCUACAUAACCUGUUGACAGCACAAAGAAUUUACAUUAUAGAAAAGUUACUCAUUGAAUUUAAUCAAAUAAACUAUUUAACCCUCCCUUGGAUCCAAUUCAUUAUCUACACUUGUAAUUUUUUAAAGUUCUUCCUUAAAACCAGAAGUUGAAUGAUCCUAGAUUUGAGGCAUUUUUCAAUAUUGAGAUCCUUGCUAGUUUAGCUGUAGGAUUGUGAGGAGCUGUAGCUAAUAGAUUAUCUUCCAGGCCUGAGCCCUCAAUCGCAGUAUAAUUACAGUAACUUGAGAAACGUGAUGUCAUCUUAGUGUGAAAAUGGUGCGCCAUGGAAGCAGCAAGUCUGAGAAGGGCAGAGAAAGGUUGAUUAAAGUUGUGGUCAAGACCAUUGGUUUCCUUUCCAAUUUUCUGUUUUUAAAAACUGUAAUCCCCUAAAGACCAGUAAACCAUCUUAACUUCAUUAUGAUUUUUUUGAAAAAGCAAGUUCCAUCACCAUAACACAGUGACCCUGGUCAUGAUAAAUUAGUUUCAAUUUCAGUGAGAAAAUAUCAACUCAAUCUAUCUGACUGGUGCAGAUAGAUGUAUGAAAAUUGGUUUCAUCCUUACCCCCAGUGUAUUUUGCCUCUGGGCCUAAAUAUUGUCUCCAGUAGUGGUCAAGUAAAGCUCACUUUGGCUCAGUUUUCCUGCUGUUGAUCUACAGAUGUUUACACCUUUUCCCCUGCUCUUGCUAUAUUACUCAAUGAUAUUAAUACUGGUGUGUAAUGAGGUAAAACAGAAAUAGACUGGAAGAGACUGAUGCUGAUCAUCUAUUAUAUCACCAAUAUUGAAUGUUACAACUUUUGAUUCUUAGUUGAGGCAUUAAUAAUACAACAGGUCUUUAAGGAGACAUUUCAUUACUUGUAUAAUGUACUCUAACCCAAUGGUGUGUAUAUUAAUGUCACAGCCUUUAGGAACCCCAGUAUUGAUGAUGCUUAUUAAUGCACGUUUUGUGUUUAUACAAUGUAAAUGCAGUGGUUAUUGUAUAUAAUUUGAUGUAAAUAGAAUGGAAUUAAUAAAGGUAUUGGUCUCCUUU